GCCUGCCAUGUGAUGGCGUUAAAACCCUAAAUCUCCUUUAGACGACGACGGCAUCAUCUUCUUCUUCAAUUUAUCGUUGCUCUACAGGAAAAUUAGAUCUUUCAAUGGAGGGAUUAAAGCUCGCAAACGCGGAGUUGAUGGUUUACAUUCAUCCUUCCAAGAGUGGAAACAAGCUCAAAGCCAUCUGUCGCGAGCUCAGCUCUCUUCUCUUCCAGUAUGAUGAAACAUUUGAUGGGGUUCUGUUGGCUUUUGAUGUUACUGUCAAAAGCAAAGGAGCUAAGAUCCUUGCAGGGCUUAAUCCUUACUUUGGGGUCAAAGUAGAAGCAAGUCUUCUGCUGUUUAAUCCCAAGCCUAAUAGUCUUGUUGAAGGGAAGAUUGUUAAGAUCUCUCCAGAGACGAUCCAUGUCAUUGUUCUUGGUUUUUCUGCUGCUGUCGUGACUGAUAUUGAUAUCCGUGAAGAAUUCAAGUACAAAAAGAGAAAUGGUGAAGAUUGCUUUGUGAGCAGCUCUCAUAAACGGCAUGUACUAAAAGUUGGAACCAUGUUACGCCUUCAGGUUGAAAGUUUUGAUGAAGAGGUGAUGCAUAUAGCUGGAUCUUUACUUCCGGCUAACACAGGAUGUGUUAAGUGGCUGGAAAAGCAGUCUGAAGAAGCUUCGCAUAUGGAUAGGGAUGAUCAUAAACGAAGGAAAAUAGCCUGAGGAAGAGACUCCAAUACAGAGUUGAAGAAAGAUUUUAGAUCAGCAGAAGCAUAAAUUGAAGAAAUAUGGCUUGAUAUGAUGCUUCUUGCAAUUUUUGCACUAAGUUAUGUAUUUUUUAUUUGAUAUUUUUGCUUUUAAAUGGAAUCUAAAAUCUGGUGAUACUAGAUGUUUGUAAUUCAUACUUCAAUUUUCUUUAAAUCUCAUGUGUUCCAAAACUAA